AACAUACCUACACCGCGAUUCGAACUUGUUGCAUUGCAGCACCGACAACACGAACUUCACCAAAUUCUCGGAAAUUUACAUCCCUCUGAUCAAUCAUGGCGGACGACGAGGGCGCAUCCCCCCGCGAGCUCAUCUUCGAAGCAUGCCGCCGAGAUAACACUGCACUCCUGGAGGAGACGAUAGAAUCCCUCGCCGCCGCAGCGAAGAAGGCCGGAAAGAAGGAGGCAGAGUUCGUGGCGGAGACCCUCAACACGGCACAGGAUGGUGUGGGAAACGGCGUGUUACAUGUCGCCGCGAUGUACGGAAGCUAUGACGUUCUAGACGUCCUCCUCGACCAAGAGGGCCUCGAGAUCGACGAGAUCGACCGGCUGGAGAAGGACACGCCGCUGCACAAAGGCAUCCGCUACGUCAACUCGCUCGAACAGUCGGACUGGCCCACCGCCGGCCAACCCAUCAUUGAGAUCCUGCUCGAUGCGGGCUGCGAUCCGAGGAUACGGAACGCUGCCAAGCUGAAGCCGGUCGAGCUCGUCGACCCGCGGAACACGGAGCUGAAGAAGAUACUGCAGAAGGCGGAGUUCGCCAUGAUGGCGGGUGCGGAUGUCGUCCAAGAAGAUGACGACGACCCGAAUGAUGUAGCAAGCGAUAGUGAUUAAGUGGAUUCACGCACGCAUGGGUUUAUAGAAUAUCGAAAGAAUAUCAGGAAUGGGUAUCAUAUUUUAAAGCCCAAAGAGGCUUUCCAGUUUAAUCAAACGAGGCAUCUAUGAAGAGACCACCAGAGGGUUACGCGUGC